UGUACACUACCAUACACUACACUACUUGUGCCUACACUCAGCGGCCUCACCAAAAGCAACGUCAUCCCGACCGCCCACGCCGUCGACCGUCCCCUCUCCUCUCCUGCCUCUUCCUCCUCUCGACCGACCACCUCUCCUUUCAGGACAUCGUCUGUCCCGGCCGUGAUUCCCCCGAGCCAAAUCGAACAAGGUUAGACAGCGAGAUACAUCAUGGACUAUAGCGCAUCGAUAAACGACACCGAGCACGCUGCCGGCAGCUCUCCUUGGGGCAACUCCCCUAGCUCGUCGCCACGGCCAACCCGCUCGACCUUCGCCUCAACCAUCAUCCCCGAUGACUAUGUGCCCCCGACUCCGAAUAAUGGCCUCGAUGACGAGGGUGGGUUUGGUGCUGGAGACAAUGGAUUCCGCCGACAUGAUAGCACCGACGCGCCCGAGGCUCAAUCGGGCGCCCUAUUCUCCGACCAUGUUCCCUCAGGCCAACCCCAGCAGGAGGGCCAGGCCCAUGACAGCCACGGCGAAGCCCACCCGCAGUCUCAGACAGAAUCGCAUCGAGAGCCGCAAACCGAGAACGGACAGCAUCAGCAACCGCAAGAACAACAACAUCAUGCCCAGUACCCGCCCCAUCAGCAGCAGCAGCAGCAACAGCAACAACAAUAUCAACAAUAUCAGCAGCAGCCGCCACCCCAGCAACAGCCAUACUCACCACAUCAGCAAGUACAGCAGCAAUUCCGGAGACCGCAACCGCAGUUCAAGUUACAGGCUAAGAUUACUGGACUUGAACGUACCGGCCGCAAGGAUCCUAUUCUGAGAUUUGAUGUUCACACGAACCUACCCAGUUUCCGUACCACGCAGUACCGCGAUGUUCGCCGUCUACACUCCGAGUUCAUCAAGCUCGCUGAGCACCUCAUAUCCGCGAACCCCGAGGCCAUUGUACCUGCUGUGCCGCCAGCGCUCACUUCUGCCGGUGCCGGAACCGACGAAGAUGAGGCGCGCGUCAAGGCACUGAUGCAGCGCUGGUUCAACUAUGUCUGCAGCAACGAGGUCUUGAUGAGGGAUGACGAGAUGGUCCUCUUUACCGAGAGUGAUUUUGGCUACAGUCCUAUGGUCAAGAAGAAGCAACCUGCGACUGGUGUGCGCCGCAAGAUCCUGAAGCAGUUUGCUCCUCCACCCGAUGAUACCCCCGAGUUGCAGGAGGCGCGCCCUAUUGUCAAGUUGUUCUACCUAGGUGCCAUGGAUGCUGGACACAAGGUCGAUAAACUUGUCAAGACUCGUAGAGGUCUUGGGCUGGUCGAAGCCGACUACGGCAUCAAGCUCUCAAACAUGCACAUCCAAGAGCCGCAUCCCGGUCUCUCGAACGCCUACCGCAAGCUAGGCAAGGUCCUCCAGACCGUCGGUGAUCUACACGCCGCCCAGGCGACCGCCGAGGCCACCACCAUCGGCGAUCCCUUCCAGUACCACUCCAGCGACGCCUUCAUCGUCAAGGAAACCCUCACCAACCGGCAGAUCCUCAUGCGCGAGCUGCUCCAAGCCCAAGAGCUCACCCGUAGCAAGCUCCACGCCGCCGACCGACUCAAGUCCUCUUCCAACGUACGCCGCGAGCGCGUCGACGAGGCCAUCGCCGCCCUUCGCGACGCCCAAGAGGCCGAAUCGACCCUCCAGCACAAGACCACCCGCGUCACCCAGAACCUGGUGCACGAGCGACGCAAGUGGUUCGCCCGCACCGCCGCCGACAUGCGCCUGUCCAUCCGCGAGUACGUGCUCCGCCAGAUCGAGGCCGAGCGCCGCACCCUGGCCCUGCUCGAGAGCGUCCGGCCCGACAUCCGCGCCAUCGACUCCAGCGGCGGCCUGUCCCGCCUCGGCCGCGAGUCGCACCCCACCGUCCGGCGCGCCAGCCUGGCGGCCAGUCAGGGCCCCAAGGGCGACGCGUGGAGCGGCGUCCCGCGCGCGAGACUCGGCGAGGCCGGCUCGGUCAGCGGCGCCAGGAGCAUAUCCGGUAGCUUCAUGGCCGGUAGCGUGCUGGGCGUUGGCGCCGGCGGCGGGGUGGAAGGGGAGGAAGCUGGCGGCGAGGACGCCGAGAGGCCAGGCAGCGGCGGCGCGAGGGGUGCCGUGGGCGGCUUGGUGGGUCUGCCGGAGGAGGACGAUGAGGAUAGAGUGGAUGCCAGGAACGCGGCAAGUCGGUUGGCCACGAGUACAUUUUGAAUCGCAACAGUCACCCCGGCGCGGACUGCUAGACUCAGUAGUAGUGGUAGGGACGUUUCGGGGGGACUGCUGGGAUAUCAACAAGAAAACAAUGCUAGGAGUCGGAGCGGGAGUAGUAGUGCAGGUGCGAGCUUGAAGGGCGGGAAAGCUGCUGCGGUAGUCAGCGGGGGGGAUGAGAAUGUGCGGGCGAGGAGGAAGAGGACUGGGUCGGUGGGUUAUCAGAGAUUAUUACUGGGGUCGGGGAGAGGAUGAGGAUGAGGAUAACUACGAUGAUGAAGGUUAUCAGUAUUUUCUAA